UAUUCAUCAACCCUUUUCUUUAUUCUCCAUGACUUUCGAAAAUUUGCUUUAUCAUCACUAACAUGUAAAAAUGGCGAGAGUUUCCAUCAUCCUCAUCAUUACAAUCAUCUUAGCGGCUUUUCUAAAUAUAUCAGCAGCUGAUAAAACAAGAACAUGUAAGAAGGCUAACGAGUUUUGUGGAGGAAUUGCCGGAUUUCAAUGCUGUGAAGGACUACAUUGUAAUCUUGAAGGCGAUUUCGCAGAUGCAGGUGGACAUUGUCAGAAAAGACAAUCAUGUCAAAAAGCCGGCCAGAUUUGCGGCGGGUUUACGGCCGUAGAACGCCGAUGUUGUAAAGGACUUGAGUGUGUAAUGGAUGAUGUUAAUAUUCCAGAUGCAGGUGGAAAAUGUCAGCGAAGUCAUCAUUGACAAAGUAAAAUUCACCAAAUCAUACAUGUUUGUGUAACACUGAUUGUCAACCCUCUUAGACAUACACAUUAAAAUAACAUAUUAAUAUAUAUGUAAUAAAUUGAGGGGAGAAUUGAGAAGUGAUAGAAUUUGUGGCGCAUGCAGAAGUUGUAAUGGACCCGAAUAGUAUUAUAAAAUUGAAUUUUCAUUGAUAA